AUGGUUGAUGAUAAGAGUAGCCGGAUUGUAGGCGAUAGCACAACCUCCAGCGUACCUAUCGUGCCAAAUAUCAGCUCGAAUCGAUUGCAUGUCAUCAUUGCUGGACUAUGGCUUUGUCUUUUCUUGUCAGCUUUGGACACCACCAUCGUCACGACCGCGCUCAUCAAGAUCUCGAGCGACUUCGACGCUCUUGAGCAAGCAACAUGGCUCAUUACCGCGUAUCUACUAACCUAUAACUCGUUCUUGAUGAUCACAGCCAAACUGAGCGACGUCUGGGGCCUCAAGAGCCUGCUCUUGCUUUGCGCGUCGGUGUUCCUGAUAUUCUCCAUGGCUUGCGGUGGGGCGCAGACAAUGACCCAGCUUAUCGUCUUCCGCGCCUUCCAAGGUAUUGGAGGAUCCGGUCUUUACAGCUUGACGUUCGUGUGCAUCAUGAAGAUGAUUGUACCCGAGAAGAUUGGCUUCUACUCUGGUGUUAUAAGCUCGGUAUUUGCUUUGGCAAACCUGCUAGGACCUUUACUUGGUGGAAUCAUCGCUGAUCGGGCAAGUUGGAGAUGGAUUUUCUUCAUGAAUGGUCCCAUCAUCGGUAUCGCAAUGGCAAUGCUAUUCUUCUCGAUGCCUGCAUUUGACGACGGUAGAACGAAUCUACAGCGGAUACAGCAGCUGGAUAUCUACGGAGGCAUCUUGUCGGUCUGUUGGCAUAUACCACUCAUCUUUGCCUUUCAGGAGGUCGGAGUGUCACACUCGUGGGGUAGUGGCAUUGUCAUCGGACCGUUGGUAGCUGGGAUUGCUCUCAUGGUGCUUUUUGGCUUGUAUGAGUUUUGGAUAACGUCUCGGGAGCAAAGAGCUGCCAUCUUUCCCAUACAUUUUCUUCGAAAUACGCCCAUGGCAUUGACUUUGUUAAGCCAGUUCCUCCUGGGAUCCGCCUUUUACGUCGUUUUCGUCCAGCUCCCUCAACGCUUCCAAGGAGUGAACUUCACAAGCGCUGAGCGUGCCGGCAUCCUACUGCUUCCGGCGACCGUUGUCACCCCAAUUGGCGCCAUGGCAUCUGGACUAGCAGUGAAGAAGGCACCAGUUGAGAUUAUUUUGGUUUGUUCAACCGCAAUUGUAUGUGUCGGGACUGGGCUUCUUGGUAGUUUACCAACGUAUUCCCGCCUAUGGCCAGGACUAUAUGGUUACGAGAUCAUCGCUGGUAUUGCUUUGGGUCUUGCAAGUCCUCCAUAUUUUGUGCUCGUCGCUACCUCGAUCCAAGAAAAGGACAUUGCUGUCGGUACUGGCGCACUUAACAUGGUACGCACACUCGGAGGCUGCGUCGCCGUCGCUAUCUGCUCCGCAAUACAUCGCGAGCACUUGGAUAAAAAACUAUCCGAUUUCUUGAGUCCCGAGGAAAUCCGCGGGAUGCAAAGUUCGACGUCGACGAUUGCGCGAUUACCGGCCGAUGUGAGAGAUCGAGUUGGUAUCGUUUUUGGUGGUAGUUACAAUAGGCAGUUCCAAGUCACGUUGGCCUUUACUGGACUCAAUGUAGUUGUCGCAGUCAUCUUGGCCAUGGUGAGAAAGAGAUCAGGCUUAUUUGGUCUAACACCUAAGAGGAAAGAAGGAAACGAGUUCAUGGAGGCUAAAGAUGGCCAUGCUUACAGUGUGGCUACAUCCGUCUACAUGGCCUCUGCAAUAGAACGGCCAAUGGGCACGUCGAGCGAGGAAGAGAAGACGAUAGGUGAAGAGCAUCUCGAAGUAGCAAAACAUGUUCACACCAUCGAGAACCUACCUGAUCCCGACGCUGGUCUCAGCGAAGAAGAGCGCGCCGCGCACGACAAAGCCCUUCUCCGCAAACUCGACCUCCGACUAAUCCCAUGGCUCUCCUUCCUCUACCUCAUCUCCUUCCUGGACCGCACAAAUAUCGGUAACGCCAAAGUUGACGGCCUGCAAGAAGACCUCAACAUGACGAACAGCCAGUACAACUCCAGUCUAACAAUCUUCUUCGUCAGUUACUCAGUGUUUGAGCCACUGACGAAUGUGCUCUUGAAGAAGUUACGACCAAGUAUCUUCUUGCCGCUAAUUAUGAUUUGGUGGGGAAUUUGUAUGACGUGCAUGGGUUUAGUGCAUAACUAUGCCGGUUUGAUGACUGCACGCUGGUGGCUUGGGUGCGCUGAAGCAGGGCUUUUCCCAGGUGUAAACUACUAUCUGAGUUGUUGGUAUAAACGAUCCGAAUUCGGCAUCCGAGCUGCUAUCUUCUUCUCGGCUGCAGCGCUGGCUGGUAGUUUCGGUGGAUUGCUAGCAGCUGGCAUUGCGCAAAUGGGAGGUGUAGGGGGAAAACCAGGUUGGGCGUGGAUUUUCAUCCUCGAAGGUCUCGCCACCAUUUUCGUAGGAAUAGCAAGUUACUGGAUGGUCCAUGACUUCCCUGCCGAAGCCACAUUCCUUUCUCCUGACGACCGAGCUCGCGUCCUCCGCCGUCUACGGGCAGACAAGCAGGCCUCGGCUGCGCACGAAGACUUCCCAAAUAAAACACUCAUGUUCAGUAUCAUCUACAUGGGCGCCGACGGGUCUCUUUACGCCUUCAGUCUUUUCUUACCAAGUAUUCUUGCUGGCAUGGGCUAUACCUCGACAACGGCGAAUCUGCUUUCUGUACCUCCGUAUGCGGUUGCAGCUGUCGUGACAGUGUUGGUCGGUUAUAUCGCCGAUCGUACGCAGCAGAGGGGGUACUGCAACAUGGGAGUUUCGCUUUUCGGUAUUGUGGGGUUUGCUAUGCUUCUUGGUUCCGGAAAUCCCAACGUUCAAUACGCUGGUACUUUCUUGGGAGCAAUCGGCAUCUAUCCAACGAUAGCAAACACGAUAUCCUGGGCGGCCAACAAUGUCGAAGGCGUGUACAAGCGCGGCGUCACCCUUGGUUGUGUGAUUGGCUGGGGCAACAUCAACGGCGUUGUUUCUUCGAACAUCUACCGCAGUAGGGAUAAGCCACGCUACUUUCUCGGCCACGGUGUUGUAUUGGCGUAUUUGACGUUGUGGCUGUUGGGUGGCAGUAUCGUGACGCGGUUCCUGCUCGCGUGGGAAAAUAAGAAGAGGAGACAAGGAGCAAGGGAUGUGUGGAUUGAGGGAAAGAGUGAAAAAGAGAUUGAGGAGAUGGGAGAUCAGAGGCCGGAUUUCUUAUAUACUCUUUGA